ACUAUGUGAAUUACCUUGUUUUCCUAAUUUGGCCACUGGAUGCUGUUAGGUGACACGUUUUGUGCGUUGUGCUUGCUGAGACAGCUCUCGUAUAUGGUUGUUAUGUGAUAUUCGGCAAGCUGUUCUUUUUUGUCUCGUGUAUUAACGUCCUUAUUGUUUUUCUUGAAAUUGAUUUUCCUCUCUUAUUUCGAUAUUGUAUACAGCUCUUCUAUGUAUCAUUGUUCAUAUGAGUCUGUCUUUGACGCUACAGAGAUAUUUUUUAUAUCGGUGCAUAUGCUUUUUCCUACUUUUGUUGCUUGCGCUCAUGUAUCUAUGAUGACAUUUUUGUUGGCUGUAAACAGUUAUGUAUUGUGGACUACGUUUUGUGCGUUUUUUAAAACAACUAUCUAACAUUGCUUAACCAUGAAUAGUGGUCGUCUGUUGCUCCAUAUCCAUUUAUGAAGCGUAUUUAUAUUUACAAAACAACCUCCCAACCCAACGCCAGUGCGUUAGCGCAAUAGCAUUUCCGACUAAUCACUUAUAGCUCACAAUAGGGACUUUGUACCGUGGAACCAUGUGACCAAUUCACUUUGGAGAUAUAUGUCAUCGAAGUUCCCAAUAUUGUAAUGCACCUUAGGAAAAUGAUUUGAUGCUUAUUGAAUACUGAUGCCAGGGCAUGCGAAGAUAUUGCAGAGGGCGCUGCAAAAGGGAAUGUCGUAGAACAUAUGAAGACAGAUAAGGAUGAGAUUGAGGCAUACAAUUUUCAGGAUUAUAUUCUGAAUAUGCUUUAUUACUAGGAAAAGGGUAAGAAUUGCCUAUAUAGGUACCAACAUUUGAACGACGUAAAGGGGUUUGAUAAAACGACGGAAAUACAAAUACGUAGUUGUUUAACAUGCGGAUGAAAUGCCUGUUUUUUAACGGCUGGAUCACAAGCAAGUGAUGAAUCACCUGCACCUCCUUUGCCUAAGAGGAGUAGAUCCACUAGGACGACGCAACUCAAGCUGCAGAUUCAAGAGUUGGAAAACAAAACGAUGUGAAUAUAAGGGGUAGUGCCAUUAAUGAUAGAAAGUUUGAUUUUGCCGUUAAGGGUU